AUGAUUAAUGAAAAAAGAAAACAAAGGGAACUAGAUUUGGGAGAUCCUUAUAGAAGACUUGAUCACAUUCCAUAUCCACCAUCAUGCCAUGAGAAAUGGAAUAGGGCAUGUCAAAGACCAUAUGGAUCGUUCACAUCAGAGUCUACACGUGAAGUGGAUGAAAAUAUUGAUGUACUGGUUGAACAAGCCAAAGUUUGUAUCUUCGUUCCACAAGAUCUUGAUGACAUCUUGGUAGAAGCGAUUGGAACCGAGGAGCAUGUUAGCCGUGUAUGUGAUCUUGGAAGAGUUGUUUUUAUGAUGCCGAAAUUGAAAUCAAUGGGUGUACUCAACCACUUAAUUCUAGAUCAGUUAAACAUAUAUGAGAAGGUUCUUGCUACGAUUUUAACUUUGUGGUUAGCAGACAAAUCUGGUCGCCGGCUUUUACUUAUUGUUUCUUCAUCUGCAAUGGCUUUGAGUCUUUUGGUUGUUUCAAUAUCAUUCUACUUGAAGGAAUAUAUAUCACCAGAUUCUGAUUUAUAUGCGACAUUGAGCCUCGUAUCGGUGGCUGGAGUUGUGGUCAUGGUUAUUGCAUUCUCUCUGGGAUUAGGAGCAAUGCCAUGGAUUAUAAUGUCUGAGUUGAUGUGUUGA